AGUCCAACGUGGUUUCUUCUCAGAGACUGCUUCACAUUUUCUACACUUGUUUGGUGAGUUGGAAGCCUCGUAGCAGCAUGCAGAGGACCGUGCAUGCGCCUCUGCAGUUUUAUGAGAACUCGGCCAGAGUGAUGAACUCAGACCAGGAAAGGCCGUUCGUGUGCAAUGCUCCUGGCUGUUCUCAGCGAUUCCCCACCGAGGACCAUCUGAUGAUACAUCGACACAAACAUGAGAUGACCCUAAAGUUCCCCUCCAUAAAGAAUGACAACAUGUUAUCAGACCAGACGCCCACACCGACACGUUUCUUGAAGAACUGUGAGGAGGUGGGAUUGUUCAGUGAACUGGACUGCUCCAUCGAGCAGGAGUUUUGCAAGGCCCAGGAAGAAGAGGACAGCAAACAGAAUAUCCAACUGCACAGUCAGUCAGGCCAAGGCCAGCACCAGCAGGCCCACUCGCGGAUGGGCAACCACGACACCAGCAUAGUGAUCCAGCAGGCCCUGCCCUCUCCUCAGUCCAGCUCUGUCAUCACACAGGCUCCAUCCACGAACAGACAGAUAGGGCCUGUACCCGGGUCUCUGUCCUCACUGCUGCACCUACGAAACCGACAGAGACAGCCUCUGCCUGCCUCCAUGCCUGGAACGCUGCCAGACCCAACUAUGCCUGGCUCCUCCGCUGUGCUGAUGCCUAUGGAGAGACAAAUGUCCAUGGGCUCCAAUAUGAUGGGUAUGCAAGGACCCCCCCACAGCAGCUCCUGUGCUUCCACUCACAUUCCCUCCAUGCACUCAGAAGCCAAACUGAGGCUGAAGGCUGCACUUUCACACCAUCCUGGUGCCAUCACCAAUGGAAACAUGAACUCCAUGGGCCACAUGAUGGAGAUGAUGUCAUCGCGGCCGGAGCAAGGCGCCCACCAUCACAUGCACUCACACCCGCACCAGCACCUGCAAGCUCCUCCCCACGCGUACCAGCACCACAGCCACCAUCACCACAACCAGGGCCACGGCCAAGGCGGACACCACCACCCACAGGGACACAACCCCCAUCAUAACUCCCACAAUCCCCACCUCCAUCCUGGCCACCCACACCAGACCUCACCACAUCCUCCAAUGCACUCUGCAUCACAGAUGUCACCUGCCACCCAGCAGAUGCAGCCCACGCAGACGCUGCAGUCUCCUCCCCCCAGCGGCGGGCGGCGCAGGCGAGUCGUGGACGAAGAUCCGGACGAACGCCGGCGGAAGUUUCUCGAGCGGAACCGAGCAGCAGCGACGAGAUGCAGACAGAAGAGAAAAGUGUGGGUGAUGUCGUUAGAGAAGAAAGCAGAAGAGCUCACGCAAACCAACAUGCAGCUUCAGAAUGAAGUGACCAUGCUAAAGAACGAGGUGACCCAACUCAAGCAGCUUCUCCUCACACACAAGGAUUGUCCCAUCACCACUAUGCAGAAAGAGUCCCAAGGUUACCUCAGUCCAGAGAGCAGUCCGGCGGGAAGCCCAACGCCAGCGUGUUCGCAGCAGCAGGUCAUUCAGCACAACACCAUCACCACCUCUACCACGACUGUAGGGGGCAGCAGUGUGCACGGACAAGCCAACCACCGCACAGACAUUAACCCCAUCCACUAGGGACCAGAGAGACUAUAACCCCCGACUGUUGCCCCCCUUGCUCCCCCCCCGUUUUAUGAGGGUCACCAGCUGCACUUGAUGCUCACCCUCUCUCCCUCCAUCAAGGAAAAACCUCAAAGGACCGUGAGGCUGUUCUUUAUACAGUAGCUACCGUAUGUAUUUUUAUACAGCAACCCUAUUCAUGCAUAAAUGUUCAAUGUUUGUUUUUUUUUGUCUGCUUUUUUUGUUUUUUUUGUUUAGCAGAGUUUUGCUAAUCUCAUGCAGCAUCUAAGUGACUUUCCUCCGUCGUGUUAUGGUACAAAAUGGACCACGGCACUGUCAUCUCGAGCAGAGCUUACAUCUCUGAAUGCCUAAUGGACUGAACUACAAGUCAAGCAUACACACCAUGUGUCACACGUAUGUAGCAUGUGUCAUCCUACAGAAGACUCGGAAUGAGCGAUUGAGGAGUUGCUGCCUUUAAGUCUUCUCCUCAAACCGAGUCGAACUGUCACCACGAUGUCUUGAAUACAGGAAUAUGCAAGCCGGUGUAACGAUCCUUUUCUUUUUCUAUUUCCUCUUGAGAAAUGUACAAGACUGUUAACCUUCUCCCUGUCAGAGGUUGUCUCAAACAGUGUUAUGACACAGAGCAUGACAGUGAACGCAUCAUACGAUCGAAUAGAAGCAAUACAUUGGAGUAUUGAUCCUCUUCUUUGCUGUAUGUCCACGACGUGAUCAGCGUGGUCAGCCACUCUGGUCCCUGAAGGACAUGCGGUGCUGUUACAGCUACAGAACUGUACACUGUGAUACCAGUGAGGCAGCUCGGGAGUUGAACCUAACUCCUCCGCUCUCCAGGACCAACUGAAGCUUUAAUUAUUGAGGCCUCUUUGAUUUUGUUUGUUAUGUUUGUGCGUCUGGAUCCACAUUUUGGAUUCCAAUUCCAAAUGAGUAUAACUUUUGAUUGUGUACGUCUGCAUAUUUGUUUUAUUGUUUCGUGUGCAUGUGAAAAAUGUAUAAUAAUAUUUUGCUUGUGCUUUGCUUUCUUCUGCUGCAGAGCAACCGGCGUGUGUGUAAAGAGCGAUACAAACAGAGAGUGAGAAAGUGACCAUGAUGUUUCAUUUAGUUUGUUUAUUUUUUUUUUCAAACUGGUUUUUCCCAAAACUGGCAUUGUGUAAGAGUUUCUGAACAGAAGCAUUGUAUGCCUGUGCUUUCUAAAAUGUCACAAUGUGCCUGAACAAAAAAACAAACAUUUCUAUCACCAUAGUAAUCUUAUCAAUCACCUUUCCUUUAUACAGUCAAAGCAUUAAUCGUUAUUUCCCUUGUUAUUGGCUUUACUGUGGAUGUCUGCUGCAUGUUACUGCAGGGCAAAACCAGCUGACCAAGGUGAAAAAUAACCCAUGUUCCACUUGACCUCUGCCCUCUUUAUCAAUUUCUCUCUCUCUCUCUCUCUCAGGCCUCCUCUGUAUCUCAGCUUGGCGUUGGAUGAUACUGGAUUGACAUUUUCUAUCUUCCUGUUAGCCUUGAAACUUAAUGCCUUCUCCCGUUGACCUACAACUCCUCUGUCUUUCCUUUUUUUUCUAUGACCAGGAAUGUCAAUUCACGAGCAUGAUGACCAUAAUGCACUGUGUGUUUUACAGUAGGAUGGAUAAGAUGCAUUCCACGAAACAGGUGGAGUGAUCAUAGAGCCGUCUAUGCACUUUGUCCUCUGCCAUGCCAGAGGGUAGAAUAGCCAUAUUAAGGUCUGAGUAAUUCUCAGCGAUUCCCCCUGUUUUUCCACACACCAGCGAGAACAUAACUUCACUGUGUUUGGCUUUAUCGAGAACCUGUGCCUGGCAUACGUCACAUGCCUGUAGAUAAAAGAAGGAAACCUAGAGCUUGCACCGUUUUUAUUCUGGGGGGAAAACGAAAAAUCCAGCUUCAACUUUGUCAAAGAUGAAGGAUGUGAAUUGAGAACACUCUUUUUUUUUUGUCAUCAUAGCUGGUUAAAUUCAUCCUCAUUCAGACCGUUUAAUCCAUGUUGUACCCAUGGAGUCUCUGUGUGUGCGUGUGUGUGUGUGUGUGUGCGUGGUUUAAUAUGCGUGUGUUGAUUAGACAAAGAAAUUGAUUCACUUGAAAAGGGCUUAGUUGCACCAACCCCUUUGAACUGAAGCUUGCCUUAUUUUUGGUUGUUUUCUAAAUGAUAUAUUGAUUACUAGACCAUUCCAAUUUCAACGUCUUGCAUGUGAAAAUAUUGUUAGGACCAUAAAUUACUUUAAACUCUUAUCGUUAGGAUGAUGUGGCUACUUUAGAGUCAAAUAAGGAGUCUCUACUUCCAUGAUCCAGGUUCAUUUGUUACUGUAUCGGCAGACAGACGGAUGAUCAGUGCGUGGCUGUGGCUGUGUGGAUUUGUGUGAGCCGUUUAGAACAAUUAUCACACGUUAAUUAUGUUAUAACGGAACUAUUUUAAAUAACUAUUGUACAUAAAGUCAGUCAUUUCUGUAACCCUGCACAUGUAAUGAAACCACCUUUCUUUUUGAAGGGAGCAAAUGUGUGGUACAUGUCUGUAAAUAAGGUUUGCAUAGCACUUGUUGCCUAUUGUUGUAUGUUGAGGCUACAUUUCAGCGCUUAAAUAAAUUGUUUAUAUGUAAUGAAAUGACGGAUCCAUUCUUACCUGCAUAACUUUGUAAAAAAAAAAUAAGAAAAAAAAAAGAAUAAUUUCUGUGUGAGUCUGUAACGACAUUGUCUUCAUGUUUAUGUUUUGCAUUUGUACAGAUGUGAAAGUUAUCACUGCAGUUAUGUACAUUAUGGUAUGAAAAUAAAGCACUUGUUCCAUAACAUACAA